CUCCCCUCCCCCCCCCCAAGGAUCGACCUGGAGGAGUGGGAGCACGUGACGUGCAUGAAGACCGUGUCCCUGCGCAGCGAGGAAACCGUCUCGGGCCUCAAGGGCUACGUGGCCCUGGGCACGUGCCUCAUGCAGGGCGAGGAGGUCACGUGCAGGGGGCGGAUCCUGAUCCUGGACAUCAUCGAGGUGGUGCCGGAGCCGGGGCUGCCCCUGACCAAGAACAAGUUCAAGGUCCUCUACGAGAAGGAGCAGAAGGGACCCGUGACGGCGCUGUGCCACUGCGCGGGGUACCUGGUGUCCGCUAUAGGGCAGAAGAUCUUCCUGUGGAGCCUGAAGGACCACGACCUGACGGGCAUGGCCUUCAUCGACACGCAGCUCUACAUCCACCGCAUGAUCAGCGUCAAGAACUUCAUCCUGGCCGCCGACCUCAUGAAGAGCAUCUCCCUGCUGCGCUACCAGGAGGAGAGCAAGACCCUGUCCCUCGUCAGCCGGGACGCGAAGCCCCUCGAGGUCUACAGCGUGGACUUCAUGGUGGACAGCUCCCAGCUCGGCUUCCUGGUGUCCGACCGGGAUCAGAACCUGCUGGUGUACAUGUACCUGCCUGAAGCCAAGGAGAGCCUGGGGGGGCUGCGCCUGCUCCGCCGC